GGCAGACACGGCACCGCCAGCAUAAGCUCACCAUCACCAGUAUCGUUACCAUCGUCACCACAGGGGACACAUCUAGUCAGCUUUCCAUCUCUGGAGACCGACCACGCUUAGGCAGCAGGCACUCUCUCCUCCUUGUUCUCACACCCGCCCUCUUCCUCUUCCGCCCCGCACACUCGUCCACGCGAACCGCCGCUUAGACCAACACCCGCUCACUCCUCCUUUUCCUCCGCAUCGCUUCUCCUGAACCACUUCGUCCGGUGAGGCCAGAGUCUGACCAGAGUCCCCAGACAACCUCACUUCCUCUGCCACGCCGGGCCAGACAACAUGGCAUACAACAAUAAUGCACGGGGAUACGGCGUCGACCCGCGCACAUCUCCUCGCCCGCCUCACGCAAUGCCUCACGGAGCGCCACAGGUCCACCAACCUACAGCGGCAGCCUAUGGAGCUCAGUAUGCCGGACACCCAUCAGGGAUGGUAGGAGGACCGGGACAAGCUGGAUUCGGUGGACAGCAGCAGCAGCAGCAGAACAUGGGUGCAGGUGGUGGGAUGUCCAACUAUGGCUAUGCUAACCAGGGAGGCUUCGCAGGCAAUCAGGCAUACACCCAGGGCAAUCCGUACGCGGCUCAUCAAGCCAACCUACAAGCUCAGAUCCAAGCAGCAGCAAUAGCAGCGCAAGCACAGGGUCCACCCAGCCAGCUUCAACACCCCGCAAUGCAACAAGCUCAGCAGCUCCAACAACACCAGCAGCAACUCCUAAUGCAACAGCAGUACGGCCAGAUGCAGCAAGGUCAGGGUCAGCAGAUGCAGCAGCAGCAACAUCAACAGCCGCCUCACAACCUACAUGCUCCGACAGGCUAUCGUGGUACCAGUCCUGCAGGUGGCAGCCCAGGCAAUCGCAGCCCAUCGCCAGGAGGCAUGCAGAGGGGACAGAGCCCUGGACCAGGGCAAGGCUCUGGUGGGUCUUCGCCGACGCUCGGUGGAGGUGCGUCCUUGGCAGAGAAGGGCGCAGACUACGUAUAUUUUGAGAGGUCAACUCAGGGCAUGAGCAAGAAUACUCUCGAUGCCGCCAUGGGAGCCAAGCUCAAAUUGGAGCACUUUUACAAGGUUGCGGUGGAGCAAGCAAUUGAGAGAAGUACUAGGAGAGUCGAGGUGGAGAAGAGGCUGGCAGCCGACGCAUCGACGUCGGACGAUCGAAAGGCGAGACAAUUGGGCGCGCUUGGUCGACGAGAGUCUGGGUUCUUGAGGUUGAGAAGGACAAGGCUGGGCCUGGAUGACUUCAGGACUGUCAAGGUCAUUGGAAAGGGAGCGUUCGGUGAAGUGAGACUAGUGCAGAAGGUGGACACCGGCAAAAUCUAUGCCAUGAAGACUCUGCGGAAGAGCGAGAUGUUCAAAAAGGACCAAUUGGCUCACGUUCGAGCCGAGAGAGACGUCCUGGCCGAGUCAAAUUCUCCAUGGGUGGUACAACUCUUCUACUCCUUCCAGGAUUCGGCAUACCUAUACCUCUUGAUGGAAUUCUUACCGGGAGGAGAUCUCAUGACGAUGCUCAUCAAGUACGAUACAUUCUCAGAAGACGUAACGAGAUUCUACAUCGCAGAGUGCGUUCUUGCCCUGGAAGGUAUCCACAAGCUGGGCUUCAUCCAUCGAGACAUCAAGCCCGAUAAUAUCCUCAUCGACGCCAAGGGCCACAUCAAGAUGAGUGAUUUCGGUCUCUCGACGGGAUUCCAGAAGCAGCAUGACUCGUCGUACUAUAGGAGAUUGUUCGAGGGUGCUACUACAGGAGGUCAAAACCCUCAGCAGGCGGGGAGAAAUUCGGUGGCGGUCAACUCUAUCAAUUUGACUUUGAGUAGCAAGGAUGCAAUUGCGACUUGGAAGGCCAACAGAAGAAAGCUGGCCUACUCUACAGUCGGCACACCAGACUACAUCGCGCCAGAAAUUUUCAUCCAGCAAGGCUAUGGUCACGAGUGCGACUGGUGGUCACUAGGAGCCAUCAUGUUCGAAUGUCUCUGCGGUUACCCACCCUUCUGUUCGGAGAAUGCCCACGAUACCUACAAGAAGAUUCUGGCGUGGAGAGAAACACUGCAGUUCCCCGAUGAUAUCCACUUGAGCCCGGAGGCAGAGGACAUGAUUCGAAGGUUCCUCACCUCUUCCGAAACCCGCCUAGGUCGAAACGGCGCCACGGAGAUCAAGGAGCACCCCUUCUUCGCCGGCGUCGACUGGUCCACCAUCCGAGCAAUCGACGCUCCCUUUAUCCCUCACCUCAAGAGCAUCACCGAUACUUCUUACUUUCCUACAGAGGACUAUCAGGAUGUACCCGAGGUGCCUCCUGGAGCGGAAACGGGUGUGGGGGCAAAGGAUUUGGCAUUUGUUGGAUUUACGUUUAGGAGGUAUGAACAGAAUAUGAACUUCUGAGGAGAGAGAGAGAGAGAGACGGAGCUGAGGCGAGGCGAGGCAGAGGCGAGACAGGGAGACAGGUAGGGAGAUUUGGGCGGGGGAAGCGCUAAAAGGGUUUAGUGAGGAGGAAGGAGUCUGUAGAUGAGUAGAAAGAUGACUUGGCUGAGACGAGUGAGGCGCACCACCAGACGAGUGAGGGAGGAAGAGGAGAGGAGGAGGAGUGAGGAGAAGCUGGGCGGACCAAACCUAGUAUGUUUCGCUCAUUUCGUGUCAGAAGUUCCCUUCUCCCUUGUCUCCUCUCCCUUCUCUUCUCUCCCUUCUCCUCUCUCUGUAAUCCAUCAGAUUCUAGUGUCGGCCUGUCACGCGUUG